UGCACGAAGCCCGGGGCCAGGAGCGCCUCCGAGCGGGAAAGGGUGGUCACUGGGUCACACUCUGGGCACCUGACUUGGGGGCGGGAGCGGGGAAAGGAGGAGCUAGAAACCCGGAAUUUAAGAGUUCCUCUGGUCUAGUUUUUCGGUGCUUUAGGCUUUUACCUCCCUAGACGCUGCUUCGGUGUCUGCCAACCUUCGCCCCCCGGACCCCCAGGAUGGCGAGAGUCUGGGUCUGCGUGGGAGGUGCCGUCUUCUUUCUCUCCUGUCUGGUUUUGCAUUGGCGCUUCAGUGGCUCUCUGGUUUCAAGGACAUUUGCUUUUUACAUACCCUGGAGAAAGGAGGAUGUUCUUUUCCGGCUGGAUUUGGAUUGGCCCAAGUAUUCAGAAUACUUCACUGGUUCGACAUUUUCUGUUGCAGUUGACUCCCUUAACGGGUUAGUUUACGUAGCUCAAAGAGGGGAUGACAUCCCCAAGGUGUUAGUGUUCACAGAGGACGGAUAUUUCCUCCGAGCCUGGAAUUAUACAGUUGACACACCCCAUGGUAUGUUUGUCUCCAGCACACCGUAUGAACAGUCCGUCUGGAUCACGGACGUAGGAAGUGGAUCCUAUGGUCAUACUGUUAAAAAAUACAACCCCCUGGGUGAUCUUGUUCAAGUCUUGGGUACCCCAGGCAAGAAAGGCACUGGCUUGAACCCACUGCAGUUUGAUAACCCUGCAGAAUUAUAUGUAGAUGACGUGGGAGAGAUUUACAUUGUGGACGGAGACGGGGGACUGAAUAACAGACUAGUCAAAUUGUCCCAAGAUUUCAUGAUCCUCUGGCUGCAUGGAGAGAGUGGAACAGGACCUGCCAAGUUCAGCAUACCUCACAGUGUUACACUUGACUCAGUUGGUCGGGUGUGGGUUGCCGACCGAGGAAAUAAAAGGCUCCAAGUGUUUGAUAAAGACACCGGAGAGUGGUUAGGAGCAUGGGACAGCUGCUUCACAGAGGAGGGACCUUCGGCUGUGAGGUUUACCCCGGAUGGGCAGUACUUGGUUGUGGCCCAGCUGAACCUCAGUAGGCUAUUGGUUUUGGCGGCACCGCCAUCUGGAAGCAUCGGAGAGUGUUCUGUGGUCAGCACCAUCCAGCUGGCAGAUCAGGUUCUACCACAUCUUCUAGAAGUUGACAGGAAGACCGGCGCAGUCUAUGUGGCAGAAAUUGGGGCAAAACAAGUCCAAAAAUACGUCCCGUGGCACAGCCAUACUCCUGCCUUCGGAGCUUAGUGCCUCCUUCCCGGAGGAGCUUCAAGUAGCAGUUCAGAGCCGCAGAGUCGCGUGUGUUGAAAAUCAUCAAGGCACAGGGUCAUUUUUACUUCUUCUACCAGAGAAGUGUGUUGGCAUGUCAGUAAGGUCUUGUUUUUCUUGUGGUUCUUGGGCUUUAGUUUUACAACUAAGUGUGUAUGAGGUUGUUUUUUCCUUUUUGAUGGUCCAGGGUGUUGAACUCAUGGCCUCAUGCAUGCCAUGCCGAGCUGCGAUCUUCACAUAAGCAGCUUUUAAAGAAAGAAGUGCAGUUCUAAAAUGGGCUCCUGAUGGGGACCUGCGAUUGUAACCACGUUACUUGUGUGGGUGGAUGAACUCUCUCUGGGCUCCUAGGGUAACCUUUUGAUUUCCUGUGCAGAAGUGGAAACUACUGGUUUGUUUAACUUUUGCAAAAUGGACUGUGAGAGAUUGUGGUUGGGCGGGCUGCUGAGUAAUCUGAGGCGUGCAGAGUGCCAUGCCCAGUCCGGAGGUCUGGGUGAAGCAGCAACAUUGACUGCCUUGCGGUCCAGCAGAGAGACAAGUGGACAUGGAGACAGACGGGAGGAACCGUGCGGGGUGGAUUCAUGCAGACUGCAGGCAGUGGCAGUGUGGGCUGAGAUUGGCCACGAGAUGAAUGAGAUAGAGGCAACAUUAUCAUCCAGGUAGAGAAGACCUGAGACUUACAGACUGCCCAUGAACUCUGAGGGAAAAACCAAGGUUUUGGUCUCUUAGCUACAAAAUGCUUAACGUUACCCUUUACAAGUAAGAUUGCAACAGCCAGCGUCUAAGCACUUUACUAAAAUGAAGAUUUACCAAUGGUAUUUUGAGAGAGUGCUAGCAAUAAGUCCCCUCCUCAGUAUUGCCCAUGCCAUAUUUUAGAAUAAACUCACUUUGCUAGUAGCGUUAAUCUACCUCCAAGACAUUUAGAGGAGUUAUAACCAUUCACACGGAAGUGUGCCAAACGCUUUGAGGGAUCAUGAUGAAUCUCCCUGCCUCUCCCGCUCUCGUCCUACCUGAAUACUGGCCUUCACCUGCAGGUUCUGUGCUUUUCAGUUUGUUCUGGUUUAUUCUAGGUUUUGAUGGACCCUUUCCCUCUCAGGGUCUUUCGCUCGCCCGUCCACUUAGCUUCAUCUCUGUCCCUCACUGUCCCAGAGUUACAUGGUGACGUGUGCAGCACCAGGGAGGCCUAAGCUAACUCUACUCUCCACCCACUACCGCUGAAGGAGCUUGGGCCUGUUUAGGUGCGUGGGUCACAUACAGUGUGGGAGGAAAGUGAGCUUCCUGUUGAAAUGUGCUACAUCCCAAGGCUCUUACAUGUGUCCCCGCCACUCACCAGACUCUGAUUCAGAAAUCAUCUUAGUCUUCUUUUAGUAACAAGGGAAUAUCAUUCUUUCCUCAUUCACUGUUGCUGUGUGGAUUGGAUACAUACCAGGCAUGGAUACCUGUUUCCUGGAGUGCAUUACAGGAUGUUCUGAGAUGGCCUUCCAACUGUCUUGGUCAUUCCAUCACAUGCCAGGUUUGCCUGACUGUGUUCAAGGCGUCUACAGAAUGAGUCUUCAUAGUGUUUAUGCAUUUGCUAAUAUGACCAAUUGAUUUGGAUGAAAAACAGAAGUGUGAAGCUUGUUUUGUUGGUGAGCCAGAAAAGGAUUGCAGCUGCCCCUUUGAGGGAGAGUCGGCUAGCUGAGCCGCCUUUGCUAUUCCUAUAGUAUUUUCCUUAGCCUGUUUCUGUAAGCAAUGAUUUUUAUUGAGGAUUUUCUGCACAGACACGCCGCCGUGUUUUGAUUGAAUCCAUCCUUCAUUCUCUCCCUUUCAGUUCCUCCCCACCCUCCAUCACAUUUCCUCCUAACUUCCUGUGCAUAUGUUCAUUCCGAAUGAACUUGGUGCCGCCUGGUUGUGCGUGGGUAUAGGACAGUCUACUGAAGCAGGGGUAGCCCUUUAGGAAGCACGUCCCUCAAAAGAGUCUCCCUCCACCAGCAGCCAUCAAUUCCCAGGAGCUAGCUUCUCAGCUUGGAGUAGGCUCCAUGAGCCCCUCCUGGCUCUGUGCUGGGAUUUUGACGGGUGUGGUCUUAUGCUGUGUCAUGGCUGUUGAGUGCUGUGUGCAGCAGCUUUCAUGUCCCGCACACGAUGCUUUCUUUGCUGCAGAAAUGGACCACUGCUGCCUUCUGCAGUGAUCCCUGAGGGUUCUGGUGUCAGAGGUGAGGUAGCUGUCCCAUUUACACAGUCUCUUAUUCUCUGCAUUUGGACCAGUGGUAUAAACUGAACCUCUAGAACUAUGAAUGCUAGCCAUAGGGAUGAAGUUUCCAGGCCAGUACCAGCUUGAUUUCUUCUUUACCCAUUCUUAUAAAAACUUGCUGAGAAUAUUGUUCCUGUUUGUCUAAAAAGACAUGUUUAUUUGAUCGAUGUACUUGAAAUCAGAGUAUUUUACUCCUUGCUUUUGGAUCAAUUAGUUAACAAAUAAGAAUUGUAUUUUCUAUUGGAACAUUAAAGUUUUGAAAA